AUGAGAUUUGAUGGUAAACAAGUCCCAGGCAGUAACCAAGAGACUGAACCAGUCUCAGUCCCUGAGAAAGACAACUUUUGGGAGAAUGCAUUGUUCAACAGAGGAGAAGAUGGUGAUGAUCAUGGUAACAGAAGCUCCUUCACUAAUGGUGAAACGGAUCUGAACCAUCUCCCAGCGAUUCAACCGGUUUCUAACGGUCAAGGUUUGCCCUUUGCGCCUACUGAUUUCCCAAGCCCCGGUGAUGUAUAG